AUGUCGUCAGACUCGGAUGACGAUAUGCCUCUCGCCAGAAAUGGCAAACUCUCCCAGGCGCAUAUCUCUAAGUCCGAGGACAGAGCAAUGGAUAAUGCUGGGCCCUCGGGCCCUUCCGCCCCCGCGGGUGUGUCUAUCCGAAAUGGUCCUGUCCUCGAGGACAAAAUGGACGUCGAUGGGUCUGCGACGAAUGGCAACUUCAAGCGCAAGGCAAGGAACAGCACCUCGAAGUCUAUCAAUUACAAUGAUGCUGCCAGUGACAGCGAUAGCGAAGCUCCCUUGGCCAAGCGACAAAAGACAAAAGCAUCGAAGAAGAUCGUGGAAUCCGACUCGGACGACGAUGCUCCCCUUGCGGCCGCUAAGAAGAGGGGUGGGAAGCUGCCACCCAAGGUUUCUAGAAGGGAUCUUGUUGGAAACGGCUCCUCUGAUGACGAGCCCUUGACCAGCAAAUUAGCGAAUAAGAAAGCUGCCAUUGAGAAGGACGCGGCUGUUGAAGCUAAGAAAAUUCGGGCCAAGGAGAGCAAGGCGAAGGCGAAGGCACCGAAUUCGAAUGGCUCUUCUGCGAAAAAGAAUGGUGUCAAAAAAGAGGAGUCCGACUCUGAUGUGCCACUCGCCAAAAAGGUUUCUGCUAAGGCCGCUAGUAAGAAAGUCGCCAACGGCAAAGUCAAAUCCGAGGACGCCUCGCCGAUCAAGAAGGGCAAGCAGCAACAAGAGAGUGAGGAAGAGCAGGAGGAGGUACAUCGAUGGUGGGAUGAAGAGAAGAAGGAGGAUGACAGCAUCAAAUGGGAAACCUUGCAACACAACGGAGUGAUAUUCCCUCCUCCUUACGAGCCGCUCCCGAAAAACGUCAAGCUCCUCUACGAUGGUGUUCCAGUCACGCUAUCAGUAGAGGCCGAAGAGAUUGCUGGCUUCUUUGGUGCCAUGCUCAACUCAACCCUGAACGUCGAAAACCCUACCUUCCAGAAAAAUUUCUUUCAAGAUUUCACGGACGAAGUCAAGAAGACCGGAGGGGCGAAAGGUCCUAAUGGGGAAAAGAUCAACAUCAAGGAGUUUUCUAAGCUCGACUUCAAGCAAAUCUUCGCCUACUAUGAUGGCAAGAGCCAAGCUAGGAAGGCGCGCUCAGCUGCUGAAAAGAAAGCCGAAAAGGCCGAGAAAGACGAAGUCGAAGCCCCGUACACUCACUGCCUAUGGGAUGGUCGCAAGGAGCAAGUUGGAAACUUCCGAGUUGAGCCACCUGGGCUCUUCAGAGGUCGUGGUGCACAUCCCAAGACCGGAAAAGUGAAGCGCCGCGUCUACCCAAACCAAGUCAUCAUAAACAUCGGUAAGGAGGCCACUGUGCCACCUCCACCAGAAGGGUACAAUUGGAAGGAGGUUCGGCACGAUAACAAGGUCAGCUGGCUUGUGAUGUGGCAGGAAAAUAUCAAUGGUGCGCACAAAUACGUCCAGCUAGCCGCGAAGAGCAGCGUCAAAGGCCAAAGCGACUUCAAGAAAUUUGAGAAGGCGCGAGAGCUCAAGAAGCACAUUGAUCACAUCCGAAAGGAAUAUACCCGGGAUCUUGGUGCUGAGCUAAUGGCAGACCGACAGCGAGCCACUGCAGUCUACUUGAUUGACAGACUGGCAUUACGUGCCGGCAAUGAGAAGGACGCCGAAAACGAAGCUGAGACAGUUGGUUGUUGCUCCUUGAAGUACGAACACAUCACUCUCAAGCCUCCCAAUAUCGUUAUUUUCGAUUUCCUUGGAAAAGACAGUAUCAGAUAUUACGAUGAAGUUGCCGUCGAAGACAAAGUUUUCAAGAACUUGAAGCUCUUCAAAAAGCCACCAAAGCAGGAGGGUGAUGAUAUCUUCGAUCGUCUCACUACGACCCAACUUAACAAGCAUCUGACAAGUUACAUGCCUGGUCUCAGUGCGAAAGUGUUCCGUACCUACAACGCUUCCUGGACUAUGUCCAAAACACUACAGGCUCUCAAAGUCAAAAAUCUUUCCAUUCAAGAAAAAGUCAAGCUGUACAAUGAUUGCAAUCGAGAAGUUGCGGUCCUGUGUAAUCACAAGCGCAGUGUCGGUGCCAGCCAUCAGGCCCAGAUGGAAAAGAUGACUGAUCGAAUCAAAGGUCUUCAAUACCAACAAUGGCGAUUGAAGCAAAUGAUCCUUGACGUUGACCCGAAGCAAAAGAAGAAGAAGGGGGCUGAGUGGUUCAAACUUCACGAAGAUCUCGACCAGGACUGGAUUAUCGAACACCAAGCUUUCCUUGUCCAAGAGCAACGUACGAAGAUCGAAAAGAAGUUCGAGAAGGACAACGAAAAGCUGGUCGCUGAAGGUGGUAAAGAAAUGAAGGCCAAAGAGUUGAAGGAGAGACUUGGGGUUGCUGAUGACUUGGAGAAGAAGUUCAAGAAAGAAAACAAGACGAAGAAGGUUGAGCCUGAAGGCAAGGGCCCAUCAGUCGAAAAGUACGAGGCUGCCAUCAAGAAGUUGGACGAUCGUAUCACUACCAUGAGACUUCAGGCGGAAGACCGAGAGGGCAACAAGGAGGUCGCGCUCGGUACCAGUAAGAUCAAUUAUAUUGACCCGCGGCUCACUGUCAUCUUCGCCAAGAAGUUCGACGUCCCCAUCGAAAAAUUCUUCUCCAAGACACUUCGGGAAAAGUUCAACUGGGCCAUCGAGUCCAUGAAAGACGAAGACGACGAUUGGGAGUUUUGA